AUGUCCUCUCAGUCCCGGUCCAAACAAUGCAAGCCUCGACCUCGCGUCCAAAUCACCGACAAUCCCUUUGCUCGGAGGCACACGGUAGUUUCGGGAGGAAUCUCGAAGCCUUCCAUAGCUCCAGCGCGCAAGGUGUCCAAGCCCACAAAGGUACGGUCACCACGCGACAUCUACGAGUUCUUCGAUCCACAAGAGCCCAUCGUCCUGGUGUCCGCGGUCGAGCAACGCGGUAUCAAGCACUAUAUAGAGGAGUCUGCGAAGCACAGACUUCAGUGGAAGAAGGAGCGUAAGGAGAAGGAGGAGCUCGAGGCCAUACUUGCUGCCCAGGCGGAUAAGACCUCAAAGCUCGAAGGUGCUGCCAACGACGCAGAGGCAUAUAAGACAGAGAUCGCGUCAAUAUUUGAGUGCAUCAUAUGUUAUGAUGAACUCUCUGACCCUCAUCGACGAGAUCACUAUCCUCCAGAGGAGCCUCCAACCAACGAGCAAGCGCACGAGACUUCCGAGCCCGCACAUACAGAAGAGCCUGACGAACCGCAAAAGAAAAGGAAGCGGUACGAAAGCUCGGAUCACCCUAUGCAAGCUUGGCUCAAGCAUCGCGACGAGUAUCUGGAUGAACUCCUGCGUCUUGAAGGCCGAGGAGAUGAAGCUCAUUAUUCGAGCUGUGGUUCAUGCGGCACUAAAGAUGGCGUGGCUUAUCGGUGCAAGGGGCAGGAGUGCCAGGGGUACCAGAUGUUUUGCAAGGCGUGUACGCUUUCCAACCAUCAGUACCAGCUGCUGCAUUGGAUUGAGGAAUGGCUGCCUGAUCAUUACUUCCGGCGUACAUCAUUGCAAGAGCUUGGACUUCGCAUCCAGCUUGGUCACCCCCCUCGAUCUCGCUGCACCUUUCCCCGGCCCGCAAAUAAGGACUUUGUGGUCAUCCAUACCAACGGUAUACACCGAGUCGCAGUAGACUUCUGUGGCUGCGAUUCAUCAUUUGACUACCGCCGCCAAGUAGCAUACCCUUAUAAGUACUGGUUGUACUUGGCCGAGGACGCAAACUUCCGCAUGCGUAAUCGCUUCGUAUCCAACGAGCAACGGGACCCCAUCCUUGGUGAUGGUUGGGGAUAUAUGGUGAAGAAGGAUGAAUAUUAUAACUUCCUGAAGUCAUCCCUUGACAUCGACGAGAUUAGUAGCUGUUCCAGUUUUGCUGCGCUCGUCUUGGCCAACUUGAAGCGGAGUAAAGGCUUGCGCUCGACGGGAAUUGGCGGUGUUUGCUGCGCUCGUCACAACAUGUGGAGGGCGCAGGGCAUGGGAGAGCUGCAGAAGGGGGAGAGGUACUCUAACAUGACGUUUAUACUGUUCAGUGCUCUUCUUGCAGUGAACGUGAUGACCGUUGUCCUUUCGUACGACAUUGCCUGCCAGUUCGAUAAGAAUCUCGCACGACGCAUGGAACAACUUCCUGCUCAUCUCCAUAUAGAUGAGGACGUUGAGAUCGCGACGAUUGUUCCCAACUUUCAUCUUCCUGCUCAUCGCGACUCGUGCCACUCUCGCUACUCCUAUCAUUAUCUGAACGGUGGCGGCAAUGGCAAUGGCGAAGGAAUUGAACAGAACUGGGUUGUGACGAAUGGUGUCGCCUAUCAGGCGCGUCAUAUGGGCCCUGGCGGCUUCCGCCUUCUCCUUGAGACCACGCUCUCAUAUGCAAACUGGAGGAAAGUAUGUGCACUAGCAACGAUACAACGUCGUCGAACUUGGGAGGCCGUUCAGGAAGCUCCUCGUCAUGGCGAGGGAUUCCGCGAGUUCCGUGCGGCUAUGUUUGCGCUGCGACCUCAAGAUGUGGAGAGAUGGGACCAGAACAUCGCCAAGUGGGAGGAGGAUGAUUCUCACCCGUCGCCCUAUCAGAUGCACGGACAAAAGGAGACCCUCAAAGACGUCAAGCUUCAGUUAGCUCACGAGGAACGGAUGGAGACAGCAAGUAGAACAGAAGUUCCCCAAGACCGGACACCCAGUACGCUGGUGCUAUUGGGCGUCCAGAUCGAAGACAUGCAGGCUAAACUUCGCUCCAGGAUCCAGACUACGACAACGAUUACACCAACACAAUCUAUCGAGAUCGAAAAUCAGCGCGCCUCGAUACUCAAGCUCAUCAUCCAGCUACGUGCGAUACAAGAGAUCUACAUGCCCCAUCUGGAGGCAGAGGUUCCCGGAGCCCGUCCGACGCUCAAUGGCGCCCGUGUCUCUCACGCGGCAGCUGGUGAUGCAUUGGAGGACGUACGCCAUGGUCUACGGGCGCGAUCUGCCACUCAUGCCUUCAAGAACAAGAACCUGGUCGGCAACAAGGCCAACACACGCGGCCAAACAGUACUGCGUGAGAUUGAUCUCAAGAUCCAUCUUGCCGUAGAGCGCUACCGCCGUCACCGCUCUGCAUACCUUACCUUGAAGGGUACCGGGUCAUGGGAGUCCGAUUUGAAGGAAUUGAGAGACGAUGAUGUGCGUUUCUUGAACGAGCGAACUUUGUCGAGCAAGGAGCGGGAGGAAGAGGAUCAGCAUCGGCGUCAGGGACUCUUACUGACGUUAGCUCCUUCGUCGGUCCCACUGCCUGGUGGUGUGGCUGCGGGAGAGAGCAGGCGCACUCUGUCCUGGAUAUGGCUUCAUGCCGGUGCAGACAUCGAGGCAACUGCGCUUCCUGGUGCUGACCAGACCGUUGUCGAAGCUUUGGGUGUUGAGUACUGCCGUGCCAAGGCUCGAGCUCGACGGUGGUAUGAGGAGGUUGUUUUACUGGAGGAGGAGAUGAGACGCUCAGUUGUUCACUGCCACUGGGUGUCUGGCCAAUGGGGGCAUAGGGGCAGUAAGCGGACUACUGCCACGACCGCGGAGUUGAAGGAAGGUCUUGCUGCAUAUGCUGCAGAGCAGAGUAGCGUCUGGGAGGCACUCGCGGAGAAGAUGUCAAGGACGUGGGAACAAUGUUCCCGGGCUGCACGUGCUCAUCUUCGGACUAUGGAUGCUGAGGGGAAUAUCUUGGGCGAGCUGGCGAGUGAAGAGUCCAUUGCUAGAGACAUCGGAAGGGAUCUGAAGGAUGGAGAGGAUUUUUGGUUGUACGAUACGCAGCAACACCCAGAAUAG